CCGACAACCUCCGUCCACCGCGCAGCAUCGAGCCGCUGGGCACCAGCCCCUCUGCUCCGCGGAAAAGCCUGAUGAAGUCCUCCGAUAUCGAUCAGGAUUUAUUUACAGACAGUUACUGCAAGGUGUGCAGUGCACAACUGAUAUCCGAAUCUCAGCGCGUGGCCCAUUAUGAGAGUCGAAAACAUGCCAGCAAAGUCCGACUCUAUUACAUGCUUCACCCCAGGGAUGGAGGUUGUCCCGCCAAGAGGCUCCGGUCAGAAAACGGCACAGAUCAAGAUAAGAUAGAUAAAGUAACUUGUCUUACAUGAUAUAAUUUGAAAUUUCAAUUUUCAGUCUAUUCUGAUAUCCACUUUAAAGGGAAACUGCAUUGAACUAGGUGGUCUUUCUUACUCUGAGAAGAAACUCCUUUGAAAGAAACAACAACACCCCUGAGCUCCCUUAAGCCCCCUCGAGUGGACGCUGCACCAGUGGUCGCAUCCCCUUAUCAAAGAAGAGACUCCGACAGAUAUUGUGGGCUCUGUGCAGCCUGGUUUAACAAUCCUCUGAUGGCGCAGCAACACUAUGACGGCAAGAAACACAAAAAGAAUGCAGCGAGAGUUGCCCUAUUAGAACAACUCGGGACAACCCUGGAUAUGGGCGAACUCCGAGGUCUGAGGCGCAAUUACAGAUGUACCAUCUGCAGUGUCUCCCUAAACUCAAUAGAACAGUAUCAUGCUCAUCUGAAAGGAUCGAAACAUCAGACCAACCUGAAGAAUAAGUAGUGAAAACAUCAAUCAAGAGAUAAGAACAAAUGUCAGGAUUUCUCUGCUGUGGAGAAUUGCUUAUCAACCACCAGAGGAGGAUUCUUUCUUGAACAAUGAACAUUUCUUAUGAGGAUUCACAGAUUAACAUAUGACUAAUCUUGGUUUCGGAAAAGGAAUGAGGUUUCUCUCUCUCUCUCUCUUUUUUUUUAAAACUUUGUGGUAAGUUAUAAUAUUUGAAUGGAUUUUUAAAUUCUUUCCUGAUAACAUAUUCAGCACAUGUUUGAAGUAAUAAUCAUGUAGCAAACGUAAAGGCAGUGGAAAACUUCCAUUUCCUAUGUAUUCUAGAUUUCUUCAGAAUAUAUUUAUUCUCUUAAACCCUUGAUGAUUGUGAUGUAAACCACCUUCCUCCAAAACUAAGCAUCUUUCUUCCUCAUGUUGAACAUGAUUGUAGCAGCAGGCUCAAGACGAGAAGGAAGGCACCCUGUGAAGUGGAAGAUACAGAAGAGAGAAAUUCCGGGUGGUUUGUACUGCCUCAAACAGAUGAUCCAGGUUGGCCAUCCGAACACGGAGAACGAGGAGAGGAAACAGUAGAAGCCUCAUGGUUUUGUUUUCAGUCAUUCAAGAACAGUGCCUCAAGGUUAAGCCAACUUCCCUUUCUUUGCAAGCUGCCAAAAAAAAAAAUACCUUAGGAAAAGAAUUAGUUUGCCUGCAUGAUGAUCCUCUUAGGCAAAAAAAAAGAAAAAGAAAAAAAUGUUUUUACAGCAGUUGACCUUGAUGAAAUGCUUUCCCAAAGGCCUUGAAAGAAUUCUCAAGCCCAGAGUGGGAUGGAAAUAAAUGGAUGGUUCUGACUCGCGAGUUGUUCUUUGGGGGGACUAGUCACGUGGAAAGAAGUGUGUUAAACCCGAAGAACUGGGAGCCCUGUGGAAGCUGAGGGCCCCCCCCCCCCACUCCCUGUUUUCCAUUGAAAUCAUGUAGCCCAGCCUAAGAUUCAAUCACUUGGGAAAGCGAGUCUCCUGCCCGUAUGGCAGAGUGAACGAGCAUCCCUCUCGGAUGGCGAGUGUUUCUGAGUGCAGAAAACUCUUUAAGUUUGAAUUCCGCCCAUGGGACUAGUCUUGGGGUCCUGCCAGCUGAGCGCCACCCAGGCCUUUCGCUUGCGGCGAUGAUGCUUCUCCGUGCUCCCACUGCGACUCCCUCCAGCCGGGCUGCCCUGUGCACGCGCGCCCACAACGGUUCUUCUGCUGUCAGGAUUUUUCUGGACGUCUUUUGUUUUUUUCCGCCGAGAGCUGAGGUGGUUACAGCCCAGUGAGCAAUAAAUGGAGCAACAUAGAAGUGCACAAUGUUGUUAAAGGUGGCUGUCUUCCUGUGUUUGAAAUUUGGCGCCAUUCCCUCAGGAGGAACCCCGUCUGCCGGGUUCUGUGCCUGUCGGGAGAGGCAGCCACCCUGGACUGUGAUGAGAAGGAAGGUGUUGGAUGGGAAGCAGUCUUUUCGACCGUUUUGGAAAGCACACGACCGAACUGCAAAAUCCCAGCAAUGGCUUUUCCCUGAAUGUGUAAAAUAAGGCUUUAUUUGUCAAUUCUGCUGUAAAAUAAGCACUGUCCAAGUUUAAAAACAAGACAAAAAAAAGUCGUUUCUAUAUGUGUUUAGUGAGUGUGUUGAUACCUUGAAGUGUAUAUGUUUAAAUUACCUAAUAGGAAAAAAAAUCUAUGAUUAUAGACUUCUUUUGCUUUACAGAGGGGCCAUAAUAAGGCCUUUUAUUGAUAAGCUCCUACAUAUAAUAAUAAUCAGAGUAUUUCAGAAUUCCUAAUCUAAAUACCAUUGUUCCUUGGCCACCUGCCAAGUCAAAGUGAAUCCCCAGGCAAUUUCUGUUUGUGUGUUGUCCAUAUUUGUUUACUUGUACCCCUUCAGGUAAGGAAAAUUAAUACUCCAUGCACCAGGGAGACUCUAAAUUCAGUUUUUGCCGGAAGUGCCCAUGCAUGUUAUUUUGUUUGGGCUUUUUUUGUUGGGGAGGGUGGGACCUGAAUGAAAACAUGCCUGCUUGGGAAGCUAGCUGGUUUUUGUUGUUUGUUUAAUUAGAUCAUAUCUUAAUUGUCAAUUUUAUUAUGAAUGAAUGGGUUGGGUUCCUGUGGUAAUAAAUGUAGGUAAUAAAUAAUGUCUUCAAAUUGCCAAACUGCUUCCGGUAGAGGAGAAAAUAACUUAUCCUUUCAGGGCCUUAGGGCAAGCAGGGACCUGAAGCUGCUCAGUAAGUGCCAGAGGUUCUGGAGAAGAGGACCCCACAGUGAUGGGAGGACUCAGGGGAGCCGGAGGAAAAGUGAGAGCCCUGGUGGCAAGAGUGGUUAAGUGCAGGGCUGCUAACUGAAAAGUCAGCAGUUCAAAUUCCCU